GUAUCUAUUUGAACUUAAGCGGAACCUUUUAUACAUGGGAGUUAACUCGGCUAUAUUUUUUGACUAUACAGCUCACGUUAAUUUCUUUACACUUUGUUUACAAUCCCUUCCUGAAGAUGCUGCCAUGGAAGAUAAUAGCAAGUUAAUGUUGCUAUUUCUGUCUUUAUCUGGUUUGGAGUUAUUAAAAGGUUUAGACCAUUGGCCUCAAAGUAGGAAGGACAAAAUUAUUGACUGGGUUUAUUCCCAUCAAAUACCCCGCCGGGUUGAUUCAAAGGGGAUGUCUAAUAAAGAUGCUCUUGGUUUCCGCGGGGCUAACAAUUUAGGAUGCCGGGUUCUCGGGGAAAAUAAUGUUGUUUGGGAUACCGCUCAUCUUGCUAUGACUUAUUGCGCUUUGUUGAUUUUACUCAUUUUGGGAGACGAUCUUUCUAAGAUCGACCGAAAAGGACUCCUUCAAGCCUUGGGUAAUCUUCAAAGGGAAGAUGGGAGCUUUGGUUCUUCUUCAGAGGAGAGAAAUGAUAUAACUUUUAGUUUUAAGGAAGGUGAUAUGCGCUUUGUGUACUGCGCAGUCGUUAUCGCUCAUAUUCUAAACGGAUAUUCUUAUAUUGACAUCCAACUUCUUUGUGACUUUAUCAAAAACAGUCUGAGCUAUGAAGGAAGCUUUGGCCAAGGUCCGUUACAGGAGGGGCACGGCGGCUCAACCUUUUGUGCGUUGGCUAGUUUACACAUUUUAGACAAACUCGAUGAAGUUCUUAGCGAAAAUGAUAAGGAGUUAAUUGUUAGAUGGUGUCUGUUUAGGCAACAGUCGGGCUUUCAAGGGAGGCCUAAUAAAGAGGAAGACACAUGCUACUCUUUUUGGAUCGGAUGUUCUCUUAAGAUUUUAAAAUCUUUUAAGUGGAUCGAUAAAGAAAAAAAUAAAGUUUGGCUUUCAAGGACCCAAAGAAAAUUUGGAGGGUUUGCUAAAUAUGCAGAGGGGAACUGUCGGGAGGAUCUUGGUCAUUCCUACUUUGGUAUAUGUGCACUAGCACUCAUGAAAGAAAGCGAGCUCCACGGGCUCCACCCGGCCCUAAACAUAUCUAAGAGAGCGACUCAGCGUCUAAAGCAACGAAUGCUGACAACACACGCGGACUAAGG